GCGGUGCCGCCCCGCCAAGGAGGGACCCGCGGCCGCCAUGGAGAGCUCCUCUUCAUGCCUCCCAGGUGCUGGAUGGAAGCAAGAGAAAACACUCCUGUGGAGCUGAACCUCUAUCUCUUCAGUUCUAAAGGUGUUUUGUAUUGGCAGCCCUCCAGCUCCAGAACAACUUGGCUCAGGCAAGACCCAGUUUUGGAGCAGGUGGUGGUACCCAGACUCUGCUUUCUUCCACUGAGUUCAAACACACAAACAAGAGAUGGUCAGCAGCCAGCCUGUCCCCAUAGCAGACAGUGGGAAAAGGAAAAAGAAGAAAAGAACCAGAGCCACAGAUCAGGUCCCUGGGAAGUUUGAAGACUUGUACAAGCUGACUGCUGAGCUGCUUGGUGAGGGAGCAUAUGCUAAAGUUCAGGGUGCUGUCAGUCUCCAGACUGGGAAAGAAUAUGCAGUCAAAAUCAUUGAAAAAAAUGCUGGGCAUAGUCGGAGUCGGGUUUUUCGUGAGAUAGAAACUCUGUACCAGUGCCAGGGUAACAAGAACAUUUUGGAGUUAAUAGAAUUUUUUGAAGAUGACACAAGAUACUACCUGGUCUUUGAGAAGCUGCGAGGAGGUUCAAUCCUGGCCCAUAUUCAAAAGAGGAAGCACUUCAAUGAACGAGAAGCAAGCAAAGUGGUGAGAGACAUUGCCUCUGCUCUGGACUUUCUUCAUACAAAAGGUAUUGCUCACAGGGACCUGAAGCCUGAAAACAUCCUGUGUGAAUCUCCAGAAAAGAUAUCACCAGUAAAAAUAUGUGACUUUGAUCUUGGCAGUGGGGUGAAGCUCAACAGUGCAUGUACUCCCAUAACUACUCCUGAGUUAACAACGCCGUGUGGCUCUGCAGAAUACAUGGCACCUGAAGUGGUGGAAGUCUUCAUGGAGGAGGCCACGUUCUAUGACAAGAGGUGUGAUCUGUGGAGCCUGGGGGUGAUCCUGUACAUCAUGCUCAGUGGUUACCCCCCUUUUGUGGGCAACUGUGGCACAGACUGUGGCUGGGACAGAGGAGAAGUCUGCAGGGUUUGCCAGAACAAGCUUUUUGAGAGCAUUCAGGAGGGCAAAUAUGAAUUUCCUGACAAGGACUGGUCACAUAUUUCCUCUGAGGCCAAAGAUCUCAUCUCAAAGCUUCUGGUUUGUGAUGCCAAAGAACGACUUAGUGCUGCUCAAGUCUUGCAACAUUCAUGGCUUCAAGGACAGGCUCCUGAAAGGGGAUUGCCCACCCCUCAAGUUCUUCAAAGGAACAGCAGCACAAAGGACCUGACGCUGUUUGCAGCCGAGGCCAUCGCCCUGAACCGGCAGCUGUCCCAGCACGAGAGCGAGCUGAGCGCGGAGCAGGACAGCGCCGCCCACGCCACCGUGUGCUCCAUGAAGCUGUCCCCUCCCUCCAAGUCCCGCCUGGCCCGGCGCAGGGCCCUGGCACACGCCACCAAAACCAGCGACUUCCAGCCAGCUCCCCGUAAAGCCUUCUGAAGCCCUGUGCUGCUGUGGCGGGGGCAGGAUGAGUCUGUGUUC